AUGGCAUUCAAUGGUCCUUUUAUAUUGAAUAUAUUCUGGAACAGUUAUUUUUCAGUAGAAAAUGGGAUUGUGAACACUAGCGGAAACAUAGCAGACUCUAUAGUUUUCUUUGAGCGUAUGAUAUCAUUUUCAGAAUUGGUUGAUCGGAUAUGUUCAUCUGCUAAUUUGAAUAGAGACACUGUACAGUUAACUCUUUCAUUAUUGUAUAUAGAUGGUAGUGGUACAAAACGGGUUGCCCCAAUCCGAGAGGACAAUUCUCUACUGCUCAUUUACCACCUAUCAAUGUCAUGGCUAGAGAUAUAUGUUCGUGUACAAAUCAUUCCGGAUACCUAUCGUGCUAGUACAUCUCAACAGCAAAUAGGAGCAAGGACAAGUGGUUGUGGUAAUAAUGAGGAAGAUAUUGAAGAUAAUGAGGAAGAAAUAGAAGACGAUGCAGAAUAUCAUGGUGAUCCUAAAGAGUAUGAGCCUCCAAGUUCACAGUCGGAUGACAGUGAUGAUGAGGUAAGUGGAAAUUGGGGUCAACAUAUUUAUAACUAUAUUGGUGCGUUUGACCCAAAUCAUAUUGAUUCGGAUGAGGAUAAUCCUGUUUUUUGGAAUGGAGAUUUGGAAAAUAUAACUAUCGGAACACGUUUCCGAAGUAGGGAAGAUGUGAUAUAUGCCAUUUCUCGUUGGUCUAUACAUGCUGGCAUGGAAUUCAAAGUGAAAGAGUCUAAGGUUAGAGAGUUGAACAAUGUUUAUCCAGGUGUCCUACGACACAGUUAUUCUAUGAGACAUGUCCAGAGCAAUUUACUAUCGCAUUAUCGUGGCAAGGGAUUGAGUGUACUAUGUACGGAGAUUGCCACUGAACUAGAAGUGAAGAAAUAUGAAAGUGCUAGGGAAAGGCUUACCCGCCAAGCAGCAAAGUCAACAGAGACUAGAAUCUUCUACAGCUCCUGA